GCAGUUCGUGCAGUCAGCAGUGAGCGCGCAACGACCCGACAGAACAGACCCGGCGCACAAUGCGCACCCACAUUCCUUCGCGUGUGUACAACCACCUUAUAAACAAGUGACAUACAGAACGGAUUUACCUCAUCACCACCAUCGAGAAACAUAAACAAAAUGGCGGCGUCUGGGGGAAAGGCGAGAAGGGAAGAGACCAGCGACAACUCAGACGAUGAACUCCUACCGCUCGCUAACGACACAUACGGCGGAAGCCAAAGAACGGUACAAGAAACAAAAGGAUGGGACGUCUUCAGGGAAUUUCCACCAAAACAGGACAGUGGCUCCAUGGAAAGUCAAAAAUGUUUAGAGUUUACUGUCCGCAUGUGCAAAGUUGUCACUUACGCUCUAGUAUUUAUAGUGGUUCUAGCUGCCGGAGUUGUAGCAAAAGGAACAGUAUUGUUUAUGACAUCCCAAUUAAAAAAAGACAGAAGAAUAGCGUAUUGUAAUAGAAAUUUAGGUAGAGAUAAACAAUUUUUAGUAAGUUUACCAGAUGAAGAACGCGUUGCGUGGAUGUGGGUUAUUCUUGCCGCAUUUGCUAUCCCAGAAAUAGGCACUCUUAUACGAUCAGUCAGAAUUUGUUUCUUCAAAACAUCUAAGAAACCUAAAAGUAUUCAAUUCGCAGUGGUAUUUAUAAUGGAAUCAUUGCAUACGAUCGGAUUGGCUUUACUGUUUUUCAAAAUACUUCCCGAAAUCGACGUCGUGAAAGGAGCAAUGAUUACAAAUUGCAUGUGUCUAGUCCCAGCUAUCCUCGGGCUGUUGUCUCGGAACUCUCGAGACUCCAAACGGUUCGUGAAAGUGAUCGCUGACAUCGCCGCCAUUGUCGCGCAAGUAACUGGCUUCAUUGUUUGGCCAUUGCUCGAGAACAAACCAGUGCUAUGGCUGAUUCCGAUUUCUUCUUUAUGUAUAUCGCUCGGAUGGUGGGAAAACUACGUAACACGACAAAGCCCAAUUGGUAUUAUCAAAAGCUUGGGAAGACUAAAGGAGGAAUUAAAUAUGUCGAGAUAUUACACAUAUCGGUUUAUGUCUGUUUGGAAGAUAAUUUUGUUCACGAUGUGUAUUUUGACGAGCAUUUGGAUGGAUGGAGAUGAACCAGCUAUGUUUUUCCAAUUAUUUAAUGAAGGAUUUGGACCACACAGCAUCGUUGUUGAAGAGGUUCAAACACAAUUGGGCGGUACUAUUAUUCCGGAUUUAGCAAAUGCCACAUUGACAGGAGAUUCUGUUGAAGUGGCCGCAGUUUACAAAUCAGCUUUCUAUGUGCUGUUGAUUCAAGUAUUUUCGGCGUACUUCUGUUAUAUUUUUGGAAAAUUCGCUUGCAAAAUUCUCAUUCAAGGAUUCAGUUAUGCUUUUCCGAUUAAUUUAGUAAUUCCUCUGGUGGUUAACUUCUUGAUAGCUGCCUGUGGACUUAGACAUGGCAACACGUGUAUAUUCCAUGGAACAAUUCCGGACUAUUUAUUUUUCGAAAGUCCACCAGUAUUUUCGCUAAGUGAUUUCAUAUCGCGCCAAAUGGCUUGGGUUUGGUUGUUAUGGUUGCUGUCUCAAACCUGGAUUACUAUUCAUAUAUGGACCCCGAAAGCAGAACGUUUAGCGUCAACUGAAAAAUUGUUCAUACUUCCAAUGUACAAUGGAUUACUCAUCGACCAAAGUAUGGCUCUCAAUAGAAAAAGGGACGAUCAUAAAGAUGUUAAAACAGAAGAUCUUGCAGAAAUAGAAAAAGAGAAAGGCGAUGAAUAUUACGAAACAAUAUCAGUACACACAGAUAACACUGGGUCGUCACCGAGAACAGUCAAGUCGUCGGAUUCGAUCACAAGGAUAUAUGCGUGCGCUACUAUGUGGCAUGAAACUAAAGACGAGAUGAUUGAGUUCUUGAAAUCUAUCCUUCGGUUAGAUGAGGAUCAGUGCGCCAGACGAGUUGCUCAGAAGUACUUGAGGGUCGUUGAUCCUGAUUACUACGAAUUCGAAACUCAUAUAUUCUUGGACGACGCUUUCGAAAUAUCCGAUCAUAGCGACGAUGAUUCCCAAGUAAAUCGAUUUGUGAAACUCCUCGUGGAUACAAUAGAUGAAGCAGCUUCGGAAGUCCACCAGACUAUCAUUCGUAUUCGUCCACCAAAGAAAUACCCAGCGCCAUACGGAGGAAGGUUAACAUGGGUUCUGCCAGGAAAGACUAAAAUGAUAUGUCAUUUAAAAGACAAGGCCAAAAUCCGUCACAGAAAGCGUUGGUCGCAGGUUAUGUACAUGUACUAUCUUUUGGGACAUCGGUUGAUGGAGCUGCCGAUAUCAGUAGACCGCAAGGAAGUGAUGGCAGAGAACACGUUCCUCUUGACACUUGACGGAGAUAUCGACUUCCAGCCACACGCGGUCCGUUUACUUAUCGAUUUGAUGAAGAAGAAUAAAAACUUAGGAGCGGCUUGCGGUCGGAUUCAUCCAGUUGGAUCAGGCCCUAUGGUGUGGUACCAAUUAUUCGAAUACGCAAUUGGUCAUUGGCUGCAGAAAGCUACCGAACACAUGAUUGGCUGUGUGCUCUGUAGUCCUGGAUGCUUCUCGCUCUUCAGAGGAAAAGCUUUGAUGGACGACAACGUUAUGAAGAAAUAUACAUUAAGAUCAGAUGAAGCAAGACAUUACGUACAGUAUGAUCAAGGUGAAGAUCGAUGGUUAUGCACUCUUCUAUUGCAACGUGGAUACCGGGUUGAAUAUUCGGCUGCAUCCGACGCGUACACCCACUGUCCCGAAGGUUUCAGCGAAUUUUACAAUCAACGUCGUCGUUGGGUGCCCUCAACAAUCGCUAAUAUUAUGGACUUACUUGCGGACUGCAAGCACACCAUCAAAAUCAAUGACAACAUUUCCUCACCCUAUAUUGCGUAUCAGAUGAUGUUGAUGGGCGGUACUAUUUUGGGACCUGGCACUAUAUUCCUUAUGUUGGUGGGGGCCUUCGUGGCCGCGUUCAGGAUCGACAACUGGACCUCCUUCGAGUACAACUUGUACCCUAUUGCAUUGUUCAUGCUUGUUUGUUUCACAAUGAAAUCAGAAAUUCAGUUGCUGGUGGCUCAGAUUCUAUCAACAGCGUAUGCUAUGAUCAUGAUGGCUGUGAUCGUUGGUACGGCGCUCCAAUUAGGCGAGGACGGCAUAGGAUCUCCUUCAGCUAUUUUCUUGAUAUCCUUGUCUAGCUCUUUCUUCAUUGCAGCUUGUUUACAUCCGCAAGAAUUUUGGUGCAUUGUGCCCGGCUUAAUAUAUCUCCUAUCUAUACCUUCUAUGUAUUUACUCUUAAUUCUAUACUCUAUUAUUAAUCUAAAUGUCGUCUCAUGGGGUACUCGAGAAGUUCAGACAAAGAAAACGAAAAAGGAAAUUGAACAAGAAAAGAAAGAAGCAGAGGAAGCGAAGAAGAAGGUUAAACAGAAAUCACUACUUGGAUUCUUACAAGGAGUUAAUAGCAAUGAGGAGGAAGGGUCUAUAGAGUUCUCAUUCGCAGGACUUUUUAAAUGUUUGCUUUGUACUCAUCCUAAAGGAACCGAGGAAAAAGUUCAGCUUUUGCACAUUGCAUCAACUCUGGAGAAGUUGGAGAAAAAACUAGAAAAUGUAGAAAGGAUUGUCGAUCCACAUGGCCAUUCAAGGAGUCGUAAACUAUCAGUAGGGCUUAGAGGAAGUACAAGUGGUGACCUAGUGACUGUAGCAGAGGGUGAAGAAGAGCAUGGGUCUGAUUCUGAAACUGAAACAAUGUCUACUGAGCCAAGGGAAAGACGGGACGAUCUUAUAAAUCCGUACUGGAUCGAAGAUCCUGAAUUGAAAAAAGGAGAAAUGGACUUCCUAAGCCAAUCGGAGUUAACGUUCUGGAAAGACUUGAUAGACAAAUAUUUGUAUCCAAUUGAUGCUAACAAAGAGGAACAGGCUCGAAUUGCACGUGAUUUAUUAGAGCUUCGCAAUAAGUCAGUAUUUGCGUUUGUCAUGUUCAAUGCUUUAUUUAUAUUGAUAGUGUUUUUAUUACAACUCAACAAAGAUCAACUCCACGUGAUUUGGCCUUUGGGUGUUAAGACAAACAUUACAUACGUCGAGGAAACCGGCGAGGUUCUUAUAUCGAAGGAAUAUUUGCAACUUGAACCAAUUGGUCUUGUGUUUGUAUUCUUCUUUGCAUUAAUUCUGGUAAUUCAAUUUUCGGCCAUGUUGUUCCAUAGAUUCGGAACUUUGGCGCACAUUUUAGCGUCAACAGAACUAAAUUGGUUCUGCAAUAAGAAGUCAGAAGAUCUUUCACAAGAUGCACUGCUAGAUAAAAAUGCUAUAGCAAUAGUAAAAGACUUACAAAAGCUAAAUGGUUUAGAUGAUGAUUAUGAUAAUGAUUCUGGAUCUGGUCCACAAAACGUGGGGAGAAGAAAGACGAUACAUAAUUUAGAGAAAGCGAGACAGAAGAAGCGAAACAUUGGCACUCUUGAUGUUGCAUUUAAAAAGCGAUUCUUUAACAUGAAUGCCAAUGACGGUCCAGGAACGCCUGUAUUGAACAGAAAGAUGACAUUACGCAGAGAGACCUUAAAGGCUUUGGAGACUAGGAGGAAUUCGGUGAUGGCAGAAAGGCGGAAGUCACAGAUGCAAACUUUGGGAGCAAAUAAUGAAUACGGUGUCGCAGGAAUUUUAAACAAUAACCAUAAUGUUGCACCGCGUCAUCGAACAUCAACAGCGAACAUAUCAGUAAAGGACGUAUUUGGAGAACCCAAUGGAGGCAUGGUCAACCGAGCAUACGAACAAACACUGGGAGACGAAGAUGAUAGUAAUUCAAUGAGAAUGCAACCCAGACAGAAUACAGUGUCAUUUUCAACCAGAUUUCAGUAAAAACCAUCAAUAUAUUGGUGACCAAUGAGAGUAAACCUUUCAACACAAACAAACAACAACGAUCAGCAUUGUGAAACUUAAAAGUAAUGCCAUAUUCAAACAAAAAUACUCAUACAGUAAUCUCAUUAUUAAAAGAAUAAUAUUGUAUUCUCUAACGGCAGUUCCCAAUGUUCAGUCAAUCUCCUGCUUGAGAUAAAAAUUGUAACUAUCGUUGACUUUUCUGUCCCGAUAAACUUAUCGACGGUAACUCACCUUAUCCGUAUACGCUGUCUGUCAAUGGUAGGACGUAUAGCUUACCAGCGAUAGAAGUUUGUAUGGAAAUUGCAAUUCACACCUCCCAAUAUAAGGCGAUAAGAAUGACUUAUCGGGUAUAUUGGGACAGAUUGAGAUUAUUGACAGCUAAUUACUGACAGUAGAAGGUAGUAAUUUUUCUCUAUCUGUAGAUAGUAUAUUGGGAACGGCCGUAAAUCAUGUGUAGCAAGGUUUACUGUCACUUUAGAAGUAAAUGCCAAAAUACGAAUUACUCAACGUCUAACGAAAUUGUGGAUACUCAUUUAAGUUUAGUUAUUAAUAAAAUUCUCAAUAUAUAAUCUUAGAAUUAUAAUAAACUACGAAUACUUGUGAUAUUUUACAUAUUAUAUUAUAUAAAUUGCUAUUUUUAUUGUAUGACAUAUAAGACCUAAUUGUUUAAUUAUGGUCUUUCUGAAAUAUUUUACAUAUUUUUACAAGGUUGACUUAGAUUUAAUUUUUUCACUGCCAAUUUUUUUUAUGAUUCUGUACUUGAAAGAUAAGACGAAGUAAAACAAUUUUUUAUAAUAA